AAAGGUUACGUGUGUAUUUAGUUAACAUCUUAUUUUACUUCUCCUGUUGAAUACCUCCAUCACAUAAACAGCUGGAUGUUCUGUUAUUUGCAUUUUUGAACUCUCUAUGGCUGAUUGCAAACCUAGUUUAUAUUCUGAAGGCCACAAAAUUGUGAUUUGACAAUUUUUAUCUGGUUACUUGGUUGGGUUCACUAUUAUAGACAUGUCUAUAAGGAAUAACCUUGUCAGAGUAAAACGAUUCCUAGUCCUUAUCUGUAGUGUCAGUGUUGACAAAAAUGCAUGUUUUUUUUUUUUUUUUCUUCAGGGAAAUACAGCAGUGCCUUGUGGACAUUGGUGAUAAAGACCCUUCCUUUAUAGGGUCACGGGAGUGGAUUGGUGCCAUAGAAUUAAGCUUUGUUUUGGACAAACUUCUAGGUGUCAGUUGCAAAGUGAUAAACGUGAGGUCUGGAGCCGAGCUUCCCGAAAAAUGUCGAGAGCUGGUUCUUCAUUUUGAGAACCAGGGAACACCUAUCAUGAUUGGUGGUGGUGUUCUUGCAUAUACCCUUUUGGGAGUCGAUUAUAACGAGGUGAGCGGAGACUGUGCGUUUCUCAUACUUGAUCCUCACUACACGGGUAAUGACGAGCUCAAGAAAAUUGCGAAUGGUGGCUGGUGUGGGUGGAAAAAAGCUAUUGAUAGCAAGGGAAAACAUUUCUUCCUUCCAGAUAAGUUCUAUAAUCUUCUGUUGCCUCAACGGCCUAACAUGGUUUAA